AUGUCGGAGAAAUCGAUAUCAGAAAAUAGAAUGCUGGUGUUUGUUCCUCCACAUCCACUGGUCAAGCACUGGGUUGCUGUUCUUAGAAAUGAGCAGACUCCUUGCCCCAUCUUUAAAAAUGCCAUGGCUGAGUUAGGGAGGCUGUUUAUGUAUGAAGCAUCAAGGGAUUGGCUUCCUACUAUAACAGGGGAGAUUCAGUCACCAAUGGGUGUUACCUCUGUAGAAUUUAUUGAUCCAAGGGAACCGGUUGCGAUUGUUCCUAUCUUGAGAGCUGGUCUUGCUCUAGCAGAACAUGCAUCAUCCACUGAUAUGGUAAACUGGGAUCACUGGUGGAGCCUGAAGUUACUCUCAAGAUUUUGUUGAGGGAAUAGUUGAUAUGAUCGAGCCGUUGAUGUUGGGAGCCAAAGAUUAUGUUGUUUU